UAACGAGUGCUGUUAAGUUAAGCAUCGGGCUGUUAGGCGCAAAUUGUAACAUAUGAAAUCAGAUCAUAUGUCCGGUAAUCAAUAGAAUUUAUUUAAAAAUUCCAAAUUCUAGAAAAUGCGACUACUAGUGCUCUAUGGCAGUCAAACCGGCACCGCCCAGGAUGUGGCGGAGCAGAUCUGGCGGGAGUCACAUCAACUGGGCUUCCAAGGACCCGUGCUGCCAUUCGACGAGUACGAUAUGUCCAAACUUAUCGAGGAGCGCCUCGUGGUCUUUGUGGUGGCCACUACUGGCGACGGAGUGGAGCCGGACAACAUGAAGCUGGCCUGGCGAUUCCUCCUGAAGCGCAGCUUACCCGCCCAAUCCUUGCAAGGAAUGCAGUUCGCCUGCCUUGGACUCGGUGACUCCAGCUAUCCGAAGUUUAACUAUGCCGCCAAGAAACUGAGCAAGAGGCUGCUGAAUCUGGGAGCCAGUUCCGUGUGUCCAGUGGGCCUAUGUGAUGAUCAGCAUGAUUACGGACACUUGGGUGCAUCACUCACCUGGACGAAGGAGUUGUGGACUGCUCUAAAGGGCAUCUCUGGUCUUGAUGAAAGUAAACUUAGCAACAGCACCCAAACUAUUGUAAAGUGGUCAGUAAAGGAGUUGCCUAGGGAUUCCUGCAUUGCUGCCUUGGACAAUCUGCUUUGGAGCCAAAAGCAUACUGCGCACUCUUUCAAAAUUCUGGAUAACCAAAGAACAACGGCAAUGGAUCACUUUCAGGAUGUACGCUUCCUAAGGCUGCAGUCUCCAACUGAAGAUCUGAGCUGGGAACCCGGCGAUGUACUCGAUGUUCAGCCGCAAAACAGCGAUGAAGCUGUCAAAGCAUUCUUCGAUCUCGUCCAUGAACACAGCCUGCACUUCGACGAAAGCACUGUAGUGGAGGUUUCCAGCGCCCAUCAGGAUAUGCCCCUACCCAUAGCCUAUUCCAAUCCCUUGAGUCUCCACCAGGCCGCCAAAUUCGUUUGGGACUUGAGUGCUAAGCCACGGCAACGUUUUCUCGAGGUGCUAGCACAGAACUGCAGCGAUGAAAUGGAAAAGGAGAAGCUGCUAGAGUUCUGCUCCGCGGAGGGAAUCGAUGACUUGGUGGCUUAUGUGAACAGGCCGCGUCGUAAUCUUUUGGAGGUACUUGAGGAUUUCCGGCAUGCCACCUCUAGCUUAACUCUACAGCAGCUCUUUGAGAUGAUGCCACUGAUCCAGCCACGCAGCUUUUCCAUUGCCUCGGAUGUUUCCGCCUUAAGCUUGGAUUUACUGGUGGCCGUUGUGGAGUACAAGACAAUAAUGCAUACUCCACGUAUAGGCUUAUGCUCCAACUGGCUGAGAACUUUAAAAUCAGGUACGGAGUUGAGCGGGGCAGUUAAAAGUGGAACCAUGGCCUGGCCAAAGGACUUAAGUAUACCACUUAUAAUGGUAGGACCUGGCACAGGCAUCGCUCCAUUCCGUAGUAUUAUCCAAAGCCGACUGUAUGCUCAAUCAAAAGGUUCCACUAUUGGUCCCCUGGUUGUUUUCUUUGGCUGUCGAAACAAGGCGGCAGAUUUCCACUUUGGCAAUGACUUCUCCACCUGGACCGAUGCGAAACAGGUAGAGGCCCAUUUUGCCUUCUCAAGGGAUCAGGAUCAUAAGGUCUAUGUCCAGCACUUAAUCAAAAAGAAUGGUGCUCAUCUGGCAAAGCUUAUAAAAUACCUUAAUGCCUACAUUUACGUGGCUGGCAACUCCAAUAAUAUGCCAAAGUCUGUCAAAGAAGCCUUCAUCGAGAUACUGGAUGGCGAUGUGGAUUACGUGGAUCUAAUGAUAAAGCAGCGACGAUAUCAGGAGGAAACCUGGGCGUAACACCGUAUUUAUUUGCGUAUAGUUCCUAUUUGUACAGUUUUGGACGGAAAUUAUAUCUUUGCACUCAUUA